UGAAGUUAUAUCCAGCACGUUGUAAUAAAAACUUAAUAGAAACGCGAUAAGCAGACUCACAUUGCAUGAUGCAGGUAAUAGCGACGCGACGUUUUAAUAUAAAUCGUCGUGUUAGUUUAUAUCGUGUUUGUAUGAAUAAUUUUUUUUUGGUAAAUGUUAAAACACGCAUUGCAUUUGCAUGAUUAGCAAACCCUAAAAAACCGUGUACAUUCGGUUAGUAAUGGUACCUAAAGCUAUUAUCAAAUGCUAAGAAGUAGAUACAAAUAUUGUGCAGAGAGAGACAGUGAAGUCAUCCCAACUAUAAAUGUACUUUUGAAUAAACUGUUUGAAACCAAUAUAGACAACGAGCGACAAUCACAGACGAACGGACAGAAAGUCCAAAUGACCAAAAUUUAAUCAGUUAGUCCCUUUUGAUCAUUGUCUACCUAUGUAUCACUGAAAACAGACUUGGAAAAUUCGAAACCGUUUGCUAGUUAUCAUGUACACAGACUCGCUUUAGGAACUCGUUAUAUCCAAUUUACGACAGUCGAAGUACCGUAGUGCACCCAACUGCCAUACGAAUUCUAGGAAGGUUAUGGAACAGAAAUAUAUCAAAGUAAGUUUCAGAAAUUCCACCUUGGGUAGUAAGAAAAUAACAAACAGUACCUCAAACGGUAGUUUCUAUCAGUAUUCCGUCUAUACCGUGACACUUGCACAAAAUGAGCCUUGAAGUAAACAAUCUAUGUAGCGAAAAGGAAGAAGAACCGCCUCUGCAUCUACUGUGUCAUUCUGGGGAGUUCAAGACAAGUUCCUCGGAAGAAAAAAGAUGUACCCCCCCAAAUGCUCCUACAGGAAAAUAUUCGACACAGACUUUAGGAAGUGAAAAUAAAGCUAAAGGGUACAACAGGCUUAAAUCCGUGGUACAAAGACGAAAUAAGAUACCACUUCUAAUUUAAGUAAAGAAAAUUAAUUGUUUAUGCAAAAUACUAGAAAUAAUGAGGUCGAAUGUAGGCGUGGCUUUUAUCAAUUCGAGAAUGGCUUUAUCCUAAAACGGUUCAAGUGUUUUUCGUACGAUUACAUAGUGUCUUACUAGUUCGUAUAAAUAUUAAAUAUUAAUUCUAUUCUGUGAAUUUUAUUAACUGUAUUCGUACUUGCUCCUAUUAGAUAUACGAAAUCAAUAAAAGCAAAAUAAAAAAAUGUGUCUUUAAACAAUCAGAAUUGACGGAUUUCGCUGUGUCCGCCCGAAACAAAAUCGGUAAACACUUAAAUCGUUUCGUUAUCGAAUUGAGAAAAAUACAUACCAACUAUAUACCCAAGUUUUGAUUAUUGUUUUCACAACGAAUUGAGAUCGCAAUGCAAACUUCACGUGUUUUUGCUUGCCUAUUACUACAUCUAUAUUUAGUGGAAGCCCUUGUUCCAACAGAAAAACUGCAAGUGUUCGACUUUUCCCCUCAACUAAGUAAACUAACUUUCGAAGGUUUCUCCAAAAAUUGUUCGCAACAGCUAUCUAAGUAUGUCACGGAUCUCGUAGAUAUGAAGCAAUGGGCAGUAGAAAUGUACGACGCGUCCGGAAAGUAUCCAACAGCGACAAUAGACGGGAACGCCUUCGCACUGGGAUCUUUCGACCAGUGUAUAAAUAUCGCUGAAGGUCCACCAGGAACGGCAAUUUCUGGAAAGUACUGCCUUGUUAAACCUCUUCCGAGUUUGAGGACGGAACUUAGUUUAUCAAAGUUUGAAGAAUUGCGUAUUGGUUUCUGCAUACCAAGUGCGUGCACACCAAAAGAACUUGAAAACUAUUGUACGAAUAGCGGAAUGGUAAUCGUAUCGGACGUUUCUUGCCAAACGAAAGAAGAUCAUUUCCACUUCGACAUCGGAACCAAAAUUGUUUUAACCUUUUUUGCACUGUGGAUUUUGUGGAUAAUAUUCUCCACGAUCUAUGAUAUAAGAAUUCAAUAUCUAAAUAAGGAGCCAUCGCAUUGGUUAUUGGUUUCCUUUUCCUGUUACACAAACGCCAAGAAACUUUUUGAUAUAACCACAGACGAAACUGAGAUCGCUUGCUUAAAUGGAAUUCGAGUUUUAACGAUGAUAUGGAUCAUUGUAGUGCAUCAUCAUUUGAAUGCUUAUAAUUUUCCAUAUAGGAAUGACCACAAAGAAGAGUUUUACGCUUCUCGUAUUACAAGGGGUAUAAUUGCCACGGGAGCCGAGACGUCAGUCAAUACUUUCUUUUUGUUAAGCGGAAUGACACUGUCCUAUGUUUUCAUGAGAAAAACUGGCAAUCUUGGGAAGUUUAAUCUAUUGGCGUUUUACGUUCACAGAUAUGUUAGAUUAACACCAACACUGGGCGUCAUUGUUCUUGUUUACGUCUUCUUAUUGAAGUACAUGGGCUCCGGGCCCUUGUGCCCCGAAAUCCUUGCACGAGUAUCUGCCCCAUGUGAGAGAAACUGGUGGAAAACCUUGCUGUAUAUGCAAAACAUUGACAGAUCGGUAUGCGUAGAGCAGUCCUGGUUCCUUGGGAUGGACACGCAACUCUACCUUCUGUCACCGCUCCUGCUUUUGCCUUUACUAAAAAAGCCAAAGUUAGCUCUUUACGCAAUUGGAUGCCUUGCCAUGGGCUGUGUGGCUUUGAGUAUUAUGCCAACGUUGCUCUUUCUACGAGAUGGAAACCAAUAUUCCUCGACUAUUAAGACUAUCCAUGAUCGGGCGCCUUAUAAUGUGGCAGGUCCUUGGUUGCUCGGAAUUAUUAUGGGAUACGUCAUAUACAGGAACAAGAAAGCUAAGUCGGACAUAAUCAUUAACAAAAUCUAUAUUGUAGUUUUCUGGACGGUUGCCGUUUCUGUGAUACUAACCUGCAUGUUUUAUCAAUUUCACGGUGCUGAGUUAAUGGUCAUUUCAAAAUCUGUUAGACGAACUGCAUGGUCUCUUGCUGUUGCGUGGAUCGUUUAUGCCUGUCACUUUGGAUAUGGAGGGAUAGCAAACAGGUUUUUGUCUAGUAAAAAAUUUAAAUUUUUAUCAAGGAUAUCGUACAGUGUCUUCUUAUCGCAUAUAUUGAUUCAAAUCAUCCUAAUCGAAAGCAUGCAGGUGCCUGUCGUUUUAACGGAAAGUUAUUUGUUGGAAACAGUAUGGAUUAACUUUGCCAUUACACUUCCUGUAUCAAUUUUUCUAACAAUAACAUGUGAAUUGCCACUCAUAUCCAUCGAGAAAAGGAUAUUCAGCAGUCCUAGGAAUCAAAUAAGGAAUUCUCCUGGGUCAAAAAACAUCUGAUGUGACCUUUGGAUAACGUUAAUCAUCCUUAUUAUUAACCACUGAGAUUAUAAUACUAUAAGUUAUUAGAGGAGACACCUUUUCAGUUAUGCUAAGAGUUAAACUUAUUGUUGAUAUGGCAAGUUAGUCAUUAGAGACGAAUGGUUAUAGACUGUAUAAUGGUAUUUGUGUUCAAAAUA